UGCAUGUCAAUUAAGUAGUCAUUUUUUGCAGAGUGUAGUUUUUGCAGGCGGCCGGAAAGGUGUUCAUUCAAAAGCCAACAUCUUGCUGUAACCCAACUUUAGUAAUCUUUUCGAAUCGAAAACUCAUUUCAGAUUUUCGGGUAACAUUUCAUGAGUUAGCAAAUCUACUGCAGUAGUUGUCCGUUGACUUAAGUAAAUCACUAGAUUAAAUGCUCUGCUAUAUUUUAAAUCUAUUUGAAACGUAGUGCUAACGUUAACAGCUACCAGACUUGCUCUUAAACAUAUCAUAAAAUCAGGCUAAAUGGGCACAUUGAGAUACUAACUAGAAAUCCAGACAUUUCGCGUUAACUCACCUGUGCUCGCCUAGUGAGGAUAAUAGAGUAUUAAAUGCCUUCUUCAAGGCAGCCAACUACAGCUGCAAAUAGCUUACGCAAAUAUAUAUGUAUAUGUGUGUGUGUGAUAACUGCAUGUCUGGCGCAGAGGCAAGACUAGCACUGUGAUCGAUAGACGCUUGCGACAUCAUAUAUUGGCACUGCGUUGAGUCGUAAAACCCAAAAAUAGUUAGCAGCCUACUGCUCUGCAUCAGUCAACGCCUUUUUUAUUUGACAGAUGGGUAUUUCGCUCAGACAGCUUGCACUUUUGGAAUCAAACUGCUUGAACGUGCUGGAUUCAAACUGCCCCCCUCAAAAACUUUGGAACAUACAAUUCUGCGAAAAAAUAGAUAGUAGCAAGGCCUAACUAGGUGCUGGUUAUCAUUUGGGGGGUGUAAAGAGUUCUGCAGCUCGAAAUAGAACGAGUUUUGACGCCAAAAAAAUCGGCUCCAAGACCUUAGUUUUCUUAAUCGAACUGAGAUCGUCGAUGAGGUCGAGUAUCCAGCAUUAGAUCUUGAAAGGUGUGUAGUAAGGCAAUUGGGGAUUCUGUAGUGUCCAAUCAGAGCGCUUCAGUAAUCCCGGUUCUGCACCUGUUCGCGAAUGAAUGAAUAAGCGACAGGGGAAAUCAAGUCAGUGUCAGUUUGGAGAGUUGAUUGGAUAAUAAUUGAAUCUGUGGACAGCCUCCACCUAAAUGAGGUCAUGGCAUCUUUUGAUGUUACAUUCCCCUUUACUUCUAUUCCCCAGGACCUGGCGAUCGGGACAAUCGAGCUGCUACUACAAAGCAAAUACGAUGAAACGGAGAAUCGUCUUGAACGCGUCCAAGUCCUUCAGCUCCUGAAGUUCUGUCUCAGGACGUAUAUUACGUUCAACGUGACAAUCUACGAACAGGUGAAAGGCACACCAAUGGGUUCGCCGAUUUCGGGAUUCAUCGCCGAGACGGUCCUGCAACGGUUAGAGUCGCAGGUCUUCCAACACCACAGACCGAAGUUCUGGGCACGGUAUGUGAAUGAUACCUUCGACGUUAUCGACUGGGAUCAAGUGCUGACAUUCAAGGAACAUUGCUAA